AUGCACCUGCGACACAAUACUUCCUGGGUAGAUGUGGAUGUAUCAUCACUUGGCACAAGAUUUUCCAUAAGAUUAAUCAACAACAUCGAAUCCAGAAAUCACACAGAAGAUACAGAAUUCUUUCUCCUGGGAUUGACAGGUGAUCCAGAACUGCAGUCCCUCAUUUUCAGCCUGUUCCUGUCCAUGUACCUCGUCACCAUCCUAGGAAAUCUCCUCAUCAUCCUGGCUGUCAGCUCUGACUCCCACCUCCACACCCCCAUGUACUUCUUUCUCUCCAAUCUGUCCUUUACUGACAUCUGUAUAAGCACAACCACAAUCCCAAAGAUGCUGCUGAACAUACAAGCACAGAAUCAAGGCAUCACUUACACAGGCUGCCUCACCCAGAUUGUCUUUGCCCUGGUUUUUGGAGUAUUUGAGAAUUUUGUCCUUGCAGCAAUGGCCUACAACCGGUAUGUGGCCAUUUGUCAUCCACUCAUGUACAUGGUCAUCAUGAACCCCCGACUCUGUGUCCUGCUAAUUCUUCUCUCUCUGUCUCUUAGCAUUGUGGAUGCUUUGCUCCACAGUCUGAUGGUGUUACGGCUAUCCUUCUGCAAAGACCUGGAAAUCCCUCACUUCUUCUGUGAACUUGCUCAGCUCCUCAAGCUUGCCUGUUCUGAUACACUCAUCAAUAACAUCAUGGUAUAUUUUGGAACUAGUGUAUUUGCUGGGAUUCCUUUGUGUGGAAUCAUUUUCUCUUAUACUAAGAUAGUCUCCUCCAUUUUGAAAAUGCCAUCAGUGGGAGGAAAGUAUAAAGCUUUUUCCACCUGUGGGUUUCACCUCUCAGUUGUGUCCUUAUUCUAUGGGACAGGUUUGGGUGUGUACAUUAGUUCUGCCCUCACUAACUCUUCCAGGAACACUGCCGUGGCUUCAGUGAUGUACUUUGUUGUCCCUCAAAUGCUGAACCCCUUCAUCUAUAGCCUGAGGAACAGGGACAUGAAAGUAGCUUUCAGAAAACUCAUCAGCAAGAUACUAUUGGCUUUUCAGGAGUCUAUUGUCCAAUUUCCACAUAUUUGA